AUGGCAGCAGGAGUAGCAGCUUGGUUACCCUUUGCCAGGGCAGCAGCCAUAGGAUGGAUGCCAGUGGCCACAGGUCCCAUGCCAGCUGCUCCACGGCAGGAGAGGAAGCGAAGCCAGGACUCUCUGAUUGUGCUGAACGUGAGUGGCAUCCAGUUCCAGACGUGGCUGGACACCUUAGAGCGCUACCCCGACACUCUGUUGGGCAGUUCGGAGCGGGACUUCUUCUACCACCCUGAGACACAGCAGUACUUUUUUGAUCGGGACCCUGACAUUUUCCGCCACAUUCUCAACUUCUACCGUACUGGGAAGCUUCAUUAUCCCCGCCAGGAGUGCAUCUCAGCUUAUGAUGAGGAGCUGGCCUUCUUUGGCAUCAUCCCUGAGAUCAUUGGCGACUGCUGUUAUGAGGAGUACAAGGAUCGCCGGCGUGAGAAUGCCGAGCGUCUGCAGGAUGAUGCCGAUCAGGAUCAUGCAGCUGAGAGCUCCCUGCCCUCAAUGACAGCUCGGCAGAGGAUGUGGCGGGCCUUUGAAAACCCCCACACCAGUACACUGGCUCUGGUCUUCUACUAUGUCACUGGUUUCUUCAUUGCUGUCUCUGUUAUUGCCAACGUGGUGGAGACAGUGCCCUGCGGAGUAAGCCCGGGUCGCAUCAAAGAGUUGCCCUGUGGAGAGCGCUAUGCUGUGGCUUUCUUCUGUCUGGAUACUGCUUGUGUCAUGAUCUUCACAGUUGAGUAUCUCCUACGUCUGCUGGCGGCCCCUAGUCGCUACAAAUUUGUGCGCAGUGUCAUGAGUAUUAUUGAUGUGGUCGCCAUCAUGCCGUAUUACAUUGGCCUGGUGAUGACAGAUAAUGAGGAUGUCAGUGGGGCUUUUGUGACAUUACGAGUCUUUCGUGUCUUCAGGAUCUUUAAGUUUUCCCGCCACUCACAGGGGCUGCGCAUCCUGGGCUACACCCUGAAAAGUUGUGCCUCGGAGUUAGGCUUCCUUCUCUUCUCACUCACUAUGGCCAUCAUCAUCUUUGCCACAGUCAUGUACUAUGCAGAGAAAGGUUCAUCAGCCAGCAAGUUCACCAGCAUCCCUGCAGCCUUCUGGUACACCAUUGUCACCAUGACAACACUGGGGUAUGGUGACAUGGUGCCAAAGACAAUAGCUGGCAAGAUUUUUGGUUCAAUAUGUUCCCUGAGUGGGGUCUUAGUCAUUGCUCUGCCAGUCCCUGUAAUUGUUUCCAACUUCAGCCGUAUCUACCACCAGAAUCAACGAGCAGACAAGCGCAGGGCACAAAAGAAAGCUAGACUUGCUCGAAUUCGUGCAGCAAAGAGUGGAAGUGCUAACGCCUACAUGCAGAGCAAACGAAAUGGCUUACUGAGUAACCAGCUGCAGCAGUCCUCCAGUGAAGAAGAACAGGCCUUUGUUAGCAAAUCCGGCUCUUCCUUUGAAACGCAGCACCACCACCUGCUUCACUGCCUGGAAAAAACUACGAACCAUGAGUUUGUGGAUGAGCAAGUCUAUGAAGAGAGCUGUAUGGAGGUUUCCACAGUCAAUAGACCCCCCAGCCACAGCCCCUCUCUCUCAUCUCAACAAGGUGUUACCAGCACUUGCUGCUCACGAAGACAUAAAAAGACGUACCGCAUCCCAAACACCACCAUCACUGGCAGCCGUCCAGGCAGCGUACAAGAGCUCAGCACCAUCCAGAUCAGAUGUGUGGAGAGGACACCUCUGUCUAACAGCCGUUCCAGCUUAAAUGCCAAAGUGGAAGAGUGCGUUAAACUAAACUGUGAGCAGCCUUACGUCACUACAGCAAUAAUUAGCAUCCCGACACCUCCAGUCACCACACCUGAAGGAGAUGAUAGGCCAGAGUCUCCCGAGUAUUCGGGAGGAAACAUUGUCAGAGUAUCUGCUUUAUAA